AUGGCUACACAAGCGCACUGCGCAUACUGCUUCGAAACCCUCGUCGCAAGCCUCGAGAAGCGCCCUGCCCUCACUCUCGCCCAAGUCGAACACCUCUGGGCGAAGUACAACUCUGAGCCCACAACGACAUCUGAGCUCGAAGACGAGACCGAAGCAGAACAAGCAGAUCAAGCCGCACUUGCGUCCGCACCAGCAGAUGGCUCUUAUAAACCCGCCGCUAUAUCGCGUAUCCUCGCCUCCCCAUCCUCGUCAGCAAGUUCCUCAAGCCUACAAAGUGCGAGUUCGACGCCCAGCGGCUUGAACAGCGAGACACCAAGCAGUCUCACAAGCCAGAGCAGCAGUUCUACAAACUUGGUUGAUGGAGAUGACGAAGACGAGGAGCAUCCAUUGUUUAUAACAUGGAACACGGUUUCACGUUCCGGCGACAAGCGACUACGAGGUUGCAUCGGGACAUUUGAAGCGCAACCCCUCACCAAGGGCCUUUCCGACUACGCGCUGACUGCCGCCUUUGACGAUACGCGCUUCUCGCCCAUUACCGCACGCGAACUACCUACCCUCGAAUGCGCCGUUACCCUCCUUACAGACUUUGAGCCUGUUGAUGAUGCUAUGGAUUGGGAAAUUGGCACGCAUGGUUUGCGGAUUAGUUUCCACGACAAGGGCAGACGCUAUGGGAGUACGUAUCUGCCUGAUGUGGCGAGCGAGCAAGGGUGGACCAAGGAAGAGGCGCUGGUCAGUUUGAUGAGGAAGGCAGGGUGGAGUGGUAAGAAGGCGGAUUGGAGCAAGGUUGCGUUGAGAGUGGUGAGGUAUCAAGGGAAGAAGGUGGGGUUGGGGUGGGGUGAGUGGAGGAGUUGGAGAGACUGGGUUGAUGAGGAGAUGGCUGAUGUUUAG